GAGAUUCCCACACAGUUCAUAAUUUGAAAUGCUUCGUCUUUCCUCUAUAAUUUUUCUUGUUGGUAUUUGGACCGCUACGGCAUUACCAACAAAUUAUGAGUAUUACACGUCAGAUGGUAUUAUGUCUGGAUUGUCAGCCAACCAAUCGUAUUUCCUUUUGAAUGGCAAAAAUAUCACAAUUUACAGUGGUUCCAUCCACUAUUUUAGGGUGCCAAGGGCUUAUUGGCAAGAUAGACUCAGAAAACUUCGAGCCUUGGGAUUUAAUACUGUCGAGACGUAUAUUGCUUGGAACUUACAUGAACCUGAACAAGGAAGCUAUGAUUUCGGUGAUGGAGGCUCGGAACUGGAAGACUUUCUCAAUCUAGAAGAAUUUAUUGAGCUAGCUAAAUCGGAGGAUUUAUUUAUGAUAGUGCGUGCUGGACCAUAUAUUUGCGCAGAAUUCGAAUUUGGUGGAUUUCCGAGUUGGCUUUUGAGGGAAGAUAAACUCACCGUGAGAAGCUCUAAUGAACUCUACAUGAAUCAUGUUACCAGAUGGUUCAAUGUCUUACUGCCAAUAUUGGCUAAACAUCAAUUCACAAAAGGAGGGCCUAUAAUAGCAUUACAAGUAGAAAACGAAUUCGCGAGCACUGGUGGAAAGGAUAAAAAAUAUCUCAGAGAAUUAAGGCAACUGAUGUUGGGUAAUGGAAUCGUUGAAUUAUUGGUGACUUCAGACAAUCCAUGGAGAGGUACAGCUGGUACCCUACCCGAGUUAUUUUUAAUGACUGGAAACUUCAACACUAAUGGAACUGGAAAUUUAAACUAUCUUGAAUUGUAUCAGCCUGGAAAGCCGAAAAUGGCCAUGGAAUUUUGGUCAGGAUGGUUUGAUUAUAUAGCCCAAACGCACCAAACCAGAACAUUGGAUAAUUUCAGGCAAAUUUAUACCGAAAUAUUAACAUACCCAGCUUCAGCAAAUAUUUACAUGUUUAUCGGUGGUACAAAUUUCCAGUUUUUAAAUGGAGCCAGCAAUUCAAAUGAAAAAUAUAGCCCAGUCACCACAAGCUACGAUUAUGAUGCUAUAUUAUCAGAAAAUGGAGAUUAUACUGUAAAAUAUUAUGCCGCCAAGGAAUUAUUAGCUAAAUAUAACCAAAAUCCGGCAACAUUUACUCCAGAUAUGCCUGAACUUGUAUCCAGAAUAACAUAUCCAAGCAUACCUAUAACUCAUGAAAUAGGUAUUACUAGUAUUCUGGAUUCCUUGCCAAAUGAAGAAAGGUCUAAUUCAGUUUCCAUGGAACAGUUAAAUAUCAAUAAUGGAAAUGGACAAAGUUAUGGAUACAUCGUAUAUUCCAAAACUCUGGAUUUACUGUCGUGGUCUGAACUGAAAAUAGUAGGAAGACCUAACGAUAUUGCUCUAAUUCUACUCAAUGGAAAAAGAUUAACGGGAAUAAUAGAAUUUUCGUCUAAUUUAGACCUCUUUGGUACAUGGAAACGGGAAAAUGGUACGAUAAUACUCACCGAACAAGAAUUACAUAAUGCAACGCUUGAUAUUAUUGUGGAAAACUCCGGCAGAGUCAAUGGAGGAGGGGCAUAUAAACAAUUCAAAGGCCUUUGGCAAGGAGGAAUCGAAAUUAAUAACCAACCAGUGUCUGAUUGGAAACAUUCAGCGCUUGAAUUCAAAAAGUCUUGGAUUAACCGAUUAGAUUCGUGGAUCGAAGCGUACGAGCCUGAAAAUGAAUUGUCUGAGCCGAAACUUUUCAAAAGUACCUUAACAAUAACGGAGGAACCUAAGGAUACUUAUAUCAAUAUGGAAAAAUGGGUCAAAGGGAUUGUGAGCGUGAAUGGUUUUGUUUUGGGACGAUAUGCUAAAAUGGGACCUCAACAAACCUUAUACUUACCGGCUCCGUUUUUGAAACAAGGGGACAACGAUAUUAUUGUCUAUGAACACUAUCGGGGAAACGAUUAUAUUCACUUCACAUCAGAUCCAAUUUACGAUUUGUUUUGAUUUUGUUUAAUUGAUGAUGCUUAAUUGUAGGAAACAAUUGAAAAUCCUCAUUAAAGGUUUAAAAUGAAAUAUUUCACCACUUAUAUUGCUGAUUUUAAAUUAAAGACACGCUUCAAAUUUUCCAUUGUCUACGUAUAAAUAAUAGUUUAUAUCAAGAAAAACAGUUCGUGAACAUCAAAUCAA